AAGCCGUUGACAAGAUGCCAAUCUUGAUAUCACCAUGCAAAUAAUUUCAUUUACUCAAAAUAGAGAGAGAAAUCCUCCAAACUCUCUCAUAGAUUCAAUCAGAAUUCUCGAUUCUUUUCUUCCCCAGAAGCUGGUGUGAUCAAGUUAUGGAGAAAUUACCAACGGAUCUUCAUCUCAAGAUUUUUUAUUUGUUGGAUCCUCAAAAUCUCGCAGCUGCCCAACUGGGUUAGUAAAAAAUGUGUAGGAAAUGGAGAGACUUGGCCUCGGAUGAGGGGCUAUGGUCUAAUCUCUUUAAGGAGAGAUGGGGGAUAGACCGAGCCACAUUUUACGCGCCUGCAGCUCCUGAUUCGUGGAAAGAUGUCUACGUUGUUCAAGAUCGAUGUGAUCGUGUUGGAUUGGGAUUGAAGAUAAUAAGGGAAGGGGAAGAUUAUUACUUAGUCCAUCAAGGUCGAAUUGAACGGGGUCUGGGAUCAAAACGAGAAGCUGAUAUGAGAGGCGUAGAUGAAGAGGUACCAAGUGCAGGUAUCUUGGACAAAAUUCUCUUCUUCGUCGGGGACCUGGAAGUUGCUACUAUGAAUGCAAAACGCAACCGUCUCAUGUAAAUGAUUCUCCCUCAACUCAUACUCAUCUUGUUUGCAUAUAUUUUCUUGACAAAAAGGAAUAAUUCAUUGUGCUGUACAUGCAUAUGGAGUAGGCUAAUAUUUUGACAAACCACAUCUCUUUUUUAUGUAGUAUUAUUCAUUUCAAGUAGGAAUAAGUUGAUGUAACUUACCUAUGAAUUGCAAUACAAGUAUUGUUUUUGUUUUA